AUUGAACAAGGCAUGUUGAAUGUGAAGCAAUAAUAACGCCCUGCAUGUCAAUCUGCAGAAAUCUGGGUGAAACUAAAUGUUUUACAACAUUCGCCGACCGAGGACACCAGGUCCGUGAGUUAAACGGCAGGCGGGGAAUUAAUGUUGUGCGUCUGGGUAACUUCAAACAUCCAUUCCAGAUGUGAGCCAGUGGAUUGUUGCAUGCACAUUGGAUCCAGUGUGAUCCGGACGGCCAUUCCCUGAAGCACAAGGUGUUGGAAGGAGGUGCUGUGCCGGCACAAAAGCCUCUGUUGAUGCAUGUCCGCCACAGCAUUGAGUGGAAGAUUUGACGAGGAGGAGUGUUGUGACUCCAGGACUCCGGGCUUUGCUGGUCGCUUCACAUCCAAUCGAUUUCUCUCAAGUUUUCCAAGCUGAACUGCCGCCGGAGUGGACUCUGAAUGACUGUACCGCGGUUGAGAAAUGACAUUGGUGAUUUCGAUGAGCAGACUAUGCGAUCUUCCCAGUGAAGAACCCUCAGACAUCCCGGAGUACGUCCCCAUCUGGGAAGAAUCUUUCAGCAAAACCGCAGCGAUCUCAAACCAGACUAAAUACGGAGAGCCCACAGGUCACUCAGCAGCAGUUCACCAGUACAAAUAAAUAAGGCCUGAAGUUGAAAGAUUUGGUCCGGGCACAGCGUCUUCGCAUGGGGAGCACGGAUCAGAGAAACAGGCAUCUAGAAUCACCUUGCAAAGGUAUCUCAAAUUUUCUAACAACGUCCAAGAUAGCAUACUUCAAACGGAAAUAUGUGGAAGAUGGAGAUCUUCAUCCACCUGCUCACACUUGCUGCCAAAGAGCGCGGACCUUGCCUGUUCCUGAGGAUCGCACCCACAUACUUCGUUUAUCACUGGAAAAAUUAAGGUUUAUUGAAGAUCCAGAAGUGUUUCUGCGACGAUCAGUGUUGAUCAACAAUUUACUGAAACGGAUUCGAGGGGAAAUGCAGAACGACUGGUACUUAUCUGCCUGCUCUUUUGGUGAGACACCACCUAAUGAUUGGUUCGGAUCACAGGAAUCAGCCUAUAGGAAGCGACUGCGGAUUGCCAAAGAGUAUGACAGCAGCCUGCAUGAUUGUUGCUUUUACCAAGACUGUGGUAAUCAAUAUUCAGUGAUGCCUUUCUCUGUUUAUAAUGGGGAGGGGGCUCCCUCUUCCCUGCCUAGCUGUUCUCGCCAGGGCAUGGACUGUUCUGAAGUUUAUGGAGCCCAUAAUGCGCAUCCCAGGAUUGAUGUGGCAACCAGUGCAGUAUCUGACAUUUAUGAGAACAUUGGAAAAUUAUAUGAUAAGGAAAUCAAUGAGGAAGAUGAGCAUCAAAAGGGAAGCGGCUCAGCAAAACAUACUUCCAGUGAAAGGGCCCUCCCCCUUGUGUGCAGUGAUAAGGAGGUUGAUUGUAGUACAACUGGCUUCAGAAACGAUGGAAUGAAUCCAGCCGAAUCUCCGUUAGAUCCUGACAUAUUAAAGCAACAUGUAGGUGAUCGCAAACUUUGUUCUGUAAAGGAAGCAAAAUUCGAAUCAUCUUGUUUUGUGAUGGCAGGGGCCAGCAGUUUAACAAGUAUAGCAAAGAGCACAUGCCGAGUCAGUGACACAUAUUAGCAUAAAUGCCCAUUACAAAAACUUGAAUCAGUUGAAUCUUUAUCAUCAUGCUGAUGCACUUUAUGCUAUUAUGGAGACAAAAUCCUGAAGAGAAAAGUAAUCACAAAAGAAAAUGAACCUGCGCAUUGUGGGUUGGUUUACUCAGAUUGUCUAUCACAGCGUGUUGAGAUUUUACAUAAUAAACUGGUUUAUACUGAAAGUAACAAGCAAAAGAUCAAAGGUGCCUUAAAUUUGUUAUGACAGUGUUAAAGUUUGCAGGACAAUACAAGUCAUCUGUUGGGGUUAGUUGUAUGAGGUUUUAUACUAUUUUCUUAAAUGUUGACUUGCCAUAGAAUGUAAGAUGAUCCAGUGCAUUCAGAGGAAAAAAUUUUGACUUUAUUUUAAAAUUCACAUUUGAACAGAUGAUGUGUAUAAUUUCAAUUUAUUCUGUGCACAAUAUUCUCCAGUAAUCCAACAAUGGAGUGAUCUUCCCCAUGAACAAGCAUUUAGCUGCUUGAGUAUUUCCAUAGCAACAGAUAGACUGUUGCAGAGAAUGAAUUUUGUUUUGUAAGGUCUGUGAAUUGUUGGCUGACUUUAUAUUUCAUCUACAUUUCUUUUAACUGCAAUGUUCUAUUCAACUUCUGAACUCAAAAGUUAACAAUUUUUUAAGCUAAUAUCUUGCUAUUUGGUGAAAAUCCCGAACCAUUUUAAUGACAUAGCCAUCAGUGAGGACUGUAGCAUGAUGUCUUGGUUGUAGAGACCUUCAAUUGUAACUGGAUAUUAAAACUUUGGGAGAAGUACGAGUUCUUAUGAGAAAUGGAAAAUGCUCCCCAUAAAACACUUGCAUUCAAAAUGACUGUAUCCUUUACCUUAAGCUUUUUUAUUGUGAUCGUGGCCAACAUUUAUGUUUCCAAUGCAAAUUGUACAUGCUUUUUUUACAAUCAAAAAAAAACAAAAAUAUAUGGGGUCCUUUUCCACGUGGUAUGAUAAAUUGGUACAUAUUAGUGUUUUACAGUAAAAUGUGAUUUACAUGUAAAAUAUUUAUUAAACAGUAGAACAUCUUA